CUCCAACUCAAGUGUGAUUAAUCAUGGAGUUUCCUCUAAGAUUAAAUCCACUUAACUUGCAACCCCAUUUACAAAAUGUGCAAGUGUUGUACCCAGUGAACUAUUCAUCAUAGAGCAAAACCUGCUAUUAGAUUUAGCAGAUUUGAGCUAAUAAUUUUAGCAGAACAUUUUAGCUUUGACCUACCUAUUCAUCUUUUCCCACGAAUUGGAUUUCAAGUAGUUUACUUAAAUCCCCUUUCCGCGACUGUUUUCUUUUGAGGUCGUUUUUCCAUUUUCAGUCGUCUAGGCUUUGCUCUGUCAGUGGCACACGCUAAGUAGCACAAGAUGGGAAAAAAUGGAUUUGCUAGUCUGCCUUCCGAAGUGAUGGAAGAGAUUCUUCGGAAGUUGGACUUGGAAUCCCUUUGCUCUGCAGCACCAGCUUGCAAAUUAUUGCGCUCAUCUGUUUCUCAAAUCCUACCAAAAUUUGAUUCCAUCAAUCUCUCUGAUAUUGGAGUGGGUAAGGACGUCCUGUCUUACCUCCUUUGCGGUAAUAGAUCAGUUCAGAGCCUCACUGUCAAUUGCAGUCGGCUUGAUGACUCAUCUAUUGACCUUUUUAAUUCCAGUCUUUUAAGCCUUAAAGAAUUGGUUCUGCUGAAGUGCUCCAAUUUCUCUCCCAAGAUUUUUGUUGCACUGGGUCAACAUUGCUCCAAUCUGAGAUCCUUAUCACUAGAGUUGAUAUACCAGGGGGAAUUUGAAACAUAUGAAGGCUAUGAAUUCAGUCUCAGAAAAAUGUUUGAAGGUUGCCCGUAUCUAGAGUCCUUGAGUAUUACAUUUGAAGGACCGGAAUUUGAUCCCCACAUUUUUGAAGCUACUGCAGUUUUCAUCCCCACAAUGGUAAAGGUUUUGCAUCUCUGUCACGUAACAGAAAAAUGUGCAAAACAAUUAGCACACAAGUGCGGUGCUCAGAGGAUUGCUGAAACUUCCACACCAAGUGGUAUACCCUGCUCAGUUGGAGUUUCCUGCCAAACCAUACAGUCCUUAUCACUUGUUGUAGAUCACAUCACAGACGAAUUAUUGACAUCUAUCACACAAAAUCUUGGUCUCCUAAUCAAGUUAGAUCUCCGUGAUGAACCUUUGGAGGAGCAACUUCUACGGCACGAUCUUACUAAUCGUGGUCUGCAGUCUCUGGGUUCUUGCAAUCAUUUAUCUCACCUGUCCCUUGUUCGCAGCAGGGUAAAUUCUACAUUUUUUAGGCGAGUAAAUGACAUGGGCAUUUUUCUUAUGGCUGAGGCUUGCAGAAAUAUGGAGUCGAUCAAGCUUGGAGGAUUCAUAAGAGUGACAGAUGCUGGUUUUAGUGCACUCAUACAUACCUGUAAGAAUUUGAAGACAUUUGAACUCUACAACACUUUUCAUUUGUCGGACUUGGCUUUCCUCGGUCUUCUGGAUACUUCACUGUCGCUUGUGUCUGUCAGGCUUAUAUUAUGUAAACUUAUAACCAGUGAAUCAGUGAAUCAUCUUGCUCUCUGUGAAAACUUAGAACUUCUUGAUCUCAAUGGUUGCAAGAGUGUAGCAGACUAUGGCAUGAGGGCUAUUUCAAGCCUUCAAAAACUUAAUACAUUAUAUCUUAGUGGAGCAGAUAUUACUGAUACAGGAUUAAAUUAUUUGGGGGAAGGAAAGCUGCCUUUAGCAUCCUUAUCUUUACGGGGUUGCAAAAGAGUAACUGAUAAAGGAAUAGCAUUUUUGCUGGGAGGUUCCAUCAAGAAAACACUAAAAGCACUCGAUUUGGGUUACAUUCCUGGCAUAUCAGAUAAGGCAAUAAAGACAUUGACAGAAUUUGGACUUGAGAUAGUUGACCUCUGUAUUCGCAAUUGUUACUCUGUAACAGACAUAUCUAUUGCAGCUUUAGCUAACACAACACAUAAUGGACUGGCCAGAAAAGCUCUUAAGCGACUUGAUCUUUACAAUUGCGUAGGUUUAUCUGCUGUUUUAUCACACUGGUUGAGCAAGCCUUACUUCCCACACUUACGCUGGUUAGGUCUGGGACCUGCUUCUUUGUUCACAGUGCAUGGUUCACGAAAACUGGGUGAAAUUACAGGACACACAAAUUUAACCAUAUGCCGAGAAGGCUGUGAAAUUGGCUGUCGUGAUAGAUGGCAAUUUCAUGAGAAUCUUUGAGAUGCAGCCACUGUAUAUGCUGUGUUCAAUGUAUAAUUUGUUCAUUUUUCUAGCAAUAGAUAUUUUUAAUAUGGUGUGGUCGAUACCAAAUAAUAUCUUUGACUUGUGAGCAGUGACAUAUUGUACAAGAGAGUAUUUGGAAGUGCAAUUGAUGGUGAUAUCUGUUGUACAAAAAUUGCCACAAUAAUAGGAUGGAUUGUGAAUGUGACUACUGUAGUUACAAAUUUGUUACUCUCUCAGUACAUAACUUCCAUUGUUUCAACAAAUGAUUUUGUGCUCUCUGUGA